CCAGUCAUCUAAAGACAAUGUCCCGAUGGCGUAGCUGCUUCUUGCGCUGGCAGACUGCAGCCUUCCCCUGCCUGGUGCUCUGCUACAUCCUCUUCUUGAUUGUGGGGGGGCUGGUGUUCAGGGCGCUGGAGAUGCCUGUGGAGAAGAAGCUGCAGGUCGAGGUGGAAGAACUGUGGAGGACUUUUCUGAGGGAGAAUCCAUGUGUCCAAGAGUCCAAACUGCAACAUCUGUUGGGGAAAGCCCUGUCCGCCCACCACACCAACGUGGCCGUGCUUCAGGCUGAGGAGGACGAGAGGCACUAUGACUUCACCUCGUCGCUAUACUUUGUCAUCGUCACCCUCACCACCAUGGGUUCCGAUGUUUACUACCCUCAGUCAGAUGAGUCCAAGUUCUUCUGCUUGGUGUACUGUGUCAUUGGCAUCCCCCUGACUCUGUUCCUCUUGGGGCUCCUCUCAGAGACCCUCCUCAUGCCUGUGGUGACCUAUGCCCCUGUCAGGCACCUCCACUCAUUCUGGGGCAUGUCCCUCUCCCGGGCGGCCCUGCUCCAUGCCUCUGUGCUCUUUGUGCUGGUGCUGGGCCUGCUCUUCCUCCUCCCUGCCCUCCUCAUCUCCGCUGUAGAACCAGACUGGAGCUUCCUGGAUGCCCUCUUCUUCUGUUUUGUGGUCCUGAGCACGGUGGGACAAGGCGGGUGUGCACUGGGGAGGAACUGGAGUCUGAACGCAAGGGAGGCGCUGGAGCUGCUCACUACAUGUUACCUACUGCUUGGUUUGAUAGUGAUUUUUACUCUGAAGAACACCAUCCUGGAGGUACCCCAGGUGCAGGCCCUGCUCCGGCUGCUCUCUGGGCCUCAGUGCUCAGAGGAGGACAUGCUCUGUCUCCAUGAGCUGAGCUUGGAGAGUGUGGAGGGUCCAGAGGAGGAGCUGCAGUACUCUACAGCCAUCUGCACAAUAUCCUCAAGUGUAUGACAAGACCUGAGUGAGCCAAUGAAUCACACACACACAGCAAACCUUUGAUAGUGUGCUAAUGUGAUGUUUGUAUAAACUUGCAACUCUAAAAAAGUAAAUAUGUAGAAGUACUGUUUAUUACCAUGGAUAUUUUAGUUAUGGUUGUAACAUCAGCAUCUUUGACUAUCAGUAGAAGGCUAAACAUGUUCUGUUGGUUUUACUGAUACAACACUGAUGUAAAAAAAUAUAUAUAUUUAUGUUUUAUUUUUGGGAUUGUUCAAUCAGAAAGCAGACUGAGCCUCUCACUUUGCAUCGUCAGAACCUAUGACUUAACCAGUUGGCAAAAACCCAAACGAGGUACUCAUUCUUUGAUAUAGCUUUUGCAUUUUCUUAGUAUUUGGCAGCCAGUCACAUCCUGAGCUCCACUGUGAUGGUAAAACUACAUUUUACAGGGACAUACAAAUAUUCAGACCAGAGUACAAGCUGUUUACUUUCUGCUCAGGUUUGGUGAUUGUCUGCCUAAUGCUGUUUUAUGCACGAGGCAAUAGUCCCCAUUGUGCCCAGUAGUGCCAGCUCUGAGUAAACACAGAAGUCAAACGCUGAGCUCACACUGAGGUCACACAGCCCUGCAAGUCACUGCUUUGUCCUCAGUUGUCUUAUAUUCUUGGCAAAUUUAUGACAAAUAUUUUAAAAUACGUAUUAUAUUACAUGGUUUAAAUCAUUGCUAAAACCACCAGAAAUCUUAUGUAAUACUGUAAAAUGGUUCAAAGAUGACAGACAUUUGUACAUAUUUAGUUCACUGGUAUGCUGGUAUGGUCAUUGGGUUUCAAAAUACCACCAACUGAUGUAUUCCAGUAUCAUGGGACACUUUAUGACAGGACUUUAUGAGCUGUUACUACAACAUCAACCAUUAGUGAUUCAACCACUCACUCAUUCACUUUCAGAAAGCGGUAGACUUGGCCGCUCAUUGGUUUACUGUAAGCAGUCACAACAUACAGUAACUGGACACAGAGUCACGUCCGCACUCAUUUGAAUACAAAAGCCUUAUGAGAGUUCUGUUGAGUCCAGCUGAGUCAGAGCCAAAGGCCUCAUUGUCCACCUCCUCUGCAGUAGCCUACUCUGUCGCUCAGUUGUGAGUGAUAGUCAUCGUAACCUCAUGACAGGAAACCACAAAUGACAAUUGCCACACAAAGACUGAGGCGAAAAUAGCUUUACUGUAGGACAGGUACUCUGCAUGUUAGCAGAACUAGGCAAGACAAGUAUUUUUGUACAGCACAAUUCAUACACAAAGUAAUUCAAAGUGCUUUACAGAAUAAGAAACACAUUAAAAUCACAAUAAAAACAAAUCAAAACAUAUAAUCAUCAUAGAAUUAAAAAGAGAGAGAGACAUUAAAUUAGAGAGACGAAUGUAGAAUGAAAACCUUUCAGUCAGACGCACAGGAAAACUUAACUAAACCAACUAAACAGGCCUUUAUAUGUCAGUAAAAAGUAAGUGGUUAUGGGGGUGCGUGAUAUGACAAAAAGAUCUUUCCUCUACAAAUUUAGAUUUUCAAUUUUCUUAUAUUUUGAUUUAUUCAGUUUUUGACUCCAUUUUAUUUUGUCAAAUAAAUAACUAAUAAUAUUCUUAUCCUGUGAACAUAAAGAAAAUACAGAUUAGGGGUGUGCAAAAAUCUCAAAAUAUUGUAUCAUUUAAUGUGAUGAUAUAGUAUCGAUAUCGUGGGCUGCUCUAUUGAUAUAUCGCCAAGAGUAUUUUUUGGUAUUUUUUAGAAACCACAUUGGUAUUUUUUAUUGAUACUGUAUAGAAAUGACUAAGGCAGACAGUGAUUUUGGACUCUAACAAGCAUUCUGAGAGGCUGAGGCAGGGCAGGGUGAUGCAGCAGUGGCAGGAGAGUAAAGUUAGGCAGAUAUCACAAUUUGGCCAAAAAAAUGACUUAGGCAAUUAUACUAUUAGGCUAACGAUAUAUAUUUGACUAAAUAAUUGUGUUACAGUGCUACAGUUUUGUUGCUUGUUUAGAGGAAGGAAACUCAUCAGUCAUUUGACAUUUUCACUUUUCUGAUGAUUAAAAUGUGUGUGUUUCAUAUUCACUUUGCACAGGAAGUGGUUUAACAAAGACUUUUAGAAUUACAGUCAUGAUUUAGCAUUUAUUUUUUAUUGAAUCAUACUGAAUCAAUUUGAAAUCUAUCGAAUCAAAAAACUCACUGUAUCAAGAUAUGUAUCAUAUCGUGGCCUAUGUAUCAAGGUAUCGUAUCGGCAACUUCUUAAUGAUAACCAGCCCUAAUACAGACUUUUAAUCAGCCAUUUCGCUUUAUAUAUAUUUAUUUAUUGAAGAAUUGCUCUUU